ACUUUGUUCCAUAAAAUUGGUUUUUAAAUCUAGAGGAUUUCGUAGACUGAAAUAAAAUUUCUGACAAUAAUUAAGCCGAUUUUAAUAAAUUUCAAAAUAAAAUUUCACGAUUUCUUUUGAACAAUCGUGUACGAAUACCCGAUAAUUUAUUAUUGACGAAGAAUUACCGAAGCAAAGUUCUGAUUUGCCGAAAUGAUAAGUCACAAUGAAUUAUUCUCAAUGGGUGAGCGGUACCGCUCCAAACAAAACUCACCACUACUGAUAUAAUAAUGACAAACGUUGAAGGAGUAAGGGGAGGUGAGCCUUGCGGGCUUUUACCGGUAAGUGUCUUGAAUAUUGUCACUCAACCUCGCGACUGUAACAUCGUAUCUUCCUUGUAUUCACAACCCAAACGUUUAUUUAACGGAAAGCACAUUUAUAUCGGAGAUAAAUAAUAGUGAAUGAUAGUAAUUUUAUGGAAAUCAAAUGUGCGAUCCGAAGAAGAGUGACGACUUGAAGAAGACAUGGAAAAUAGACAUGUUCUGUGGAUUUUCUGAAUACGAAAGCCAUUCGGAAAUCGAAGACGAGAUGUCGGACUUUGAGGAUUCGCAUCCACUGAGGACUCCGGGUCGGGGUAAACGUCGUCAACGCGUUAGCGAUGUAAUUGACAGCAUGGGUGAUCGAGGCGACCUUGGAUCACCGGCUAUCUCCGCUCAUCGUGUUACCGCCACCACGACCUCGGCCACCGCCCCAGGCUUCGUCACGCCCCAGAGGACGAGUGCCUAUUGGAACUUGGCGAUUUCACCGGAUCAAGGAUACUCGACCACUCCAGAACUUGAUCGGUCUUAUUCGUCAAAUUGGAGGUACAAUAAAAUCAACUCACACGAUGCAUUUGUACGACGAGGAGAUGAAGAUAAUUAUUCAUUUUCGUCGGUGGAAAUAUUGGGAAAAUUAUCAUCGAAAAAAGAUGCCGAUUGUUACAAUAUGAAUCAUCGAAAUCGAGGAAAAUGCAUUAUUUUUAAUCAUGAACAUUUUGAUAUGGGCUUCGAGACACGCGAAGGUUCAAGUGCCGAUGCACGACGAAUCGAAUUAACCUUCCAAGGACUUGGAUUCACCGUCGAAAUAUGCGAUGAUUACGAACACAGUAGUAUAAUAAAUAAGAUUAAUAAGUUAAGUGAAGAAGAUCAUACAGAAAAUGACUGUAUUUGCAUUUUCGUAUUAACGCACGGAUUGCAAAAUGAUUUUAUCUGCGCGAAAGACGUUGUUUAUAAAUUGGACAGCAUAUGGAAGCCUUUUACUGCCGAUAGAUGUAGUACAUUAGCCGGAAAACCAAAGCUAUUCUUCUUUCAGGCUUGUAGAGGAGAUAAACUCGAUGGAGGCGUUAAAAUGCAACGAUCUGGAACAACUGAGACUGACUCAUCUACUACCUCUUAUAAAAUUCCAACGCAUGCCGAUUUUCUUUUUGCACAUAGUACCGUUGAAGGCUUCUUCUCUUGGAGGAAUCCAGAGGAAGGCACGUGGUUCGUUCAGAGUCUCUGCGAUGUGAUCGAUAAGCACGCCUCAACGACCGACCUCUCCAAGAUGCUGACAAUGACGGCGCGUAAGGUUGCUACGGAUUUCGCUAGCUACAAUAAUCUGGAUCCAACUUUACACGAUCAGAAGCAAGUGCCCUCGGUCACCUCGAUGCUCAUCCGCGACUUGUACUUUUCGUCAAAGAACGGUUAGGGCACGCCUGAUGAAUAGAAAAAUUAUGUACUUUGCUAUUGAGUCCAUAAAGCGAUAAGAUUCGAUUAUAUUAGAUUUGCUCAAUUAAACAUGUUUGCCAUGUCUUAGCCUAAUAAUGAUCUGGUUCGAUGUAAUCGAAUAGAAAUGAGAUUAGUGAGAAGCAUGAGUUCUCAAAACUGAUAAAUAUGUUUCAUAAAU